AUGGCUUUUCUGGUUGUGAUGAUCGCCAUCACGCCCAGCGAUGCCAACUUCAAUUUGUAUUUGACGCAAAAAGAAGUUAGAAGGAUCUUGGGUUUGACAGCAGAGUUGUUUUACGUUCGCGAGGGCGUCGUGAACGACUACGCCCUCAACUGGAUUGUCCCAGUUCCUGCGGAUGUACACGCCCUCUAUUUCACGUGGCAAGCCACGUCGAAGAAGCAGCGGGAAGCGUCCCCUCGAGCCGCAGACUUUCCGGCUGGACCUCCACUGCACCGGCAGGGGUGCGAGUGCCGAGGUCGACGUCAUCCUCAACAUCAACGUGACCUCGCCAGGCCUCGGCAGCCCCGACGGUUCUGUAUUUCAACGAGGCGGAAAGUCUGUCUCAGAGGCUUAUCAGCGGAGAUGUUUUUCCCUCACUUGGGCCCAAUGGGAAACCGAGACGACGACUCGCUCCCCGUCAUCUUCUGCCUCCUGUCUAUUAUGGGCGCCAUCACCAUCGUCGUCACCAUCAUCAUCAUCGUCGCAGUCAUCAGGAAAAACAAACUCAAAAGGGACAGCGACCAACAAAUCUUGGGAGGAAACGAAGGUGACAUCAAAACGGGCACGAUAGCAACGUCCUCCCUCCUAAGGGCCGUCACGCCCAACAACCACACCUACACCCUUCCCUCGUCCUUCACGAUUAACUCGUACGCCUCCGUCAGGAAGAUGGCCCGAACCAUCUCUCCUAUGGGGCCCAUGACGUUCACGACGCAGGCGCACGUCCUGCACAGGGACUCGACGGCCCUGUCUCUGAAAGCCUGCAGUAUGGACAGCGACAGCAAGGAUUUGUACGACUCCGUCAGGGAGACCGCGAGCCGGGACGGGGCGCAGUCGGUGAAUAAUACCCUUAACAAGUCUGAGGUCAUUGUGGAUCCUUCGGCCGCUGACCUGCAGGAGAGGUUCAGGCAAAUGGAGAUUGACCGACAUCGCGUGAGACUGACGGCGGUGGUGCAGGAGGGCUCCUUCGGUCGCGUGUUUCGAGGGUGGAUCCAAAGAGACCACCCGGAGCAGGAUCAACAGGUCCUGAUCAAGACGGUCACCGAAGCCGCGCCUCACGAAGAGAUAGUCCUCCUGUAUAGGGAAGGGACCCACCUCUUCAAUCUCUACCACAGGAAUAUCCUGACUAUGGUCGGGAUAUCUUUCGCUAAUAGCUCCUCGCCCUUCAUACUAUAUCCGUUCCAUGGGUAUAGGAAUCUUAAAAGGUACCUUCAUGACCACAGAGGAGGGCACCUAAGAGCAGCCGAACUUGUAGAUUUAGCCAUACAAGCGGCUCAUGGCUUGUCCUUCCUACAUUCAGCCAAUAUCCUACAUGGGGAUAUUGGUGCGCGGAACUGUGUGGUCAGCGAGAAACUGCAGAUGAGGAUAACAGAUGCCGGUCUCUCCCGAGAUCUCUUCCCCUCAGAUUAUGAUAGCCUCGGCACCGAAGUCGCUCGGCCCAUCAAGUGGAUGGCUUACGAGGCCAUCUGCGAUGGAAUCAUAUCCACAGCCAGCGAUGUUUGGUCGUACGGCGUGUUGGUCUGGGAACUGACGACCUUAGCACAGCAGCCCUACGUCGAAGUGGCAGGCUGCGAGAUGGAGGAGUACUUGAGAGAUGGGUAUCGUCUUGCCCAACCUCUGAACUGCCCGGAUGACCUGUACAAGGUCAUGGCCUUUUGCUGGGCGAUCCAUCCGAAGGACAGGCCCCACGUCAAGCUGCUGCUCGAUUACCUGGCAGCUUUUCACAAGCAACUCAACAGCUUCAUCUGAAGGAGCGCAUAUGAAAAUGUGAAACGGAAAUCUAAACUAAAAUAAUUUAGGAUUAAUAGGAAAAUGCGUGAAAUGUCAGGGGUAGAUGAGCGCUAUUUUUGCAGGUAAUUAGUACCUACUGGUUUUAUCGGUUUUUAAUGCCAUAGUUGUUUUAAAAUGGGACAGGGAGUGAAAGGUAACAUAGUUUUGUCUCCAGGCAUCGUUUAAAUCAAAGUACAUACUUAC